UGGCAUCAUAUCUUGAAGGGGUUUGCCACUAGCGAGUGACCGGAGCCUCUCUAUAAACCUACAAUAGGCCUACUAACUGCGAGUUCAACUCAAUAAAUUCCAGGGCCUUAAAUGCACAAAUAACAAUGAGACUAAAAACAUAUUUUGAAUAAUUUAAUUGCGUCCUUGCCAAUAUCUCAACCAUAAUUUCUCCAAAACCUUAACACUGAAUGCGUACUGUACAGUACACUAUCCGAUGGCUACGUACUAAUCCAGCUAGGGUUGGGUUUGUACACUUUCUUUCCUAAAAAUAAAAUCUCAAAACAAACCACUCUUGGGUCUCCGCCUUUCGGCUUUUUUACAUCUCGAUAUAUGAAAUCGUUGGAAAAAAAAAUCGGUGUCGGUGAUAUAUAGCGUUGUGUUCGUCGUCAAUCAGUAGAAAAUUCAAAAUUAGUUAGUGCCGAAAUAAUCGAGCUCUCCUUUCGCCCACUACUGGAUCCGCCACUAAACUCAUCGGUACACUUCAUUAUUUCCUCUUUCCUCCCUUCAACUCUUCUCUAUUUUUUCUCCCUCUUUUUUAUUUUUCGGAGGGGCUUUCACAGGCCCACGUGCUCCCCUCUCCCGGUUGGAUCCGCCCCUGCGGAGCGGUAAAUACACUUGGCGGAUUGUUUCUCGAGUGAUCUGAGAGAUAACGAAAGCUCUCUGAUGUUUCUUCUGAAAGACGUAAUGCUGCCUUGCAAUGAAUCUUUCCGGAUGUGUCAAUCAAACAAAGUGACCAAUCAGAACAGGGAUGAAAGACGACAAUUUAUUACCGUCAACGGAUGGAUGGCAAUGACUUGGCAAGAUCAACUUAUGGUAUGGAACGCCUCAGAAUACGAUGGGGUAGAUACAAUAAAAGUUUCAAAAAAAUCAAUUUGGACGCCAGACAUAACACUCUACAACAACGUGGACACUGGCUUCGAACGUUUGAAAAACACUGUACCAUUAUCCAUUACUUCGGAUGGUACUGUUUCUAUGGCAACACCGGCCAUCUACACUGCAUUCUGCAAGAUGAAUGUAAAGUAUUUCCCGUUCGACAAGCAAAUUUGUUAUUUUAAGCAUGGAUCAUGGGCAUACGGGAGCCACCACGUUGACGUAGAGGCCUUACAGGGUGAGGAGGCCAACCAGGAUUACUUCAACGAGAAUGGAGUCUGGGGCCUAGAUUUUGUCUCUUUUAAGAAGAACAUCAUCAAGUACGAUUGUUGCCCACAUCCAUUUACUGAUAUUACCAUGACAAUCGGUUUGAGCCGCCGCUCCGAAUUCUAUGUUGGAAAUGUUCUAGCGCCUUGCGUUUUACUUUCAUUUCUAGCUGCUUUUGUAUUCUACUUACCUCCAGAAUGUGGAGAGAAGAUUUCGUUUUCUAUCACCACUUUGCUAGCAAUCGUACUGUUUCAACAACUGAUCGCUGAGUCAUUACCUCCAUCUGACGAGACCCCUUAUAUUGCAAGUUUCUUUACAUUGAUCAUCUCUCUUGGAUGCUUCUCUGUUGUGGCAACAUCGGUUAUUCUAAAAUUUCAUUUCGGACAGCACAUCAAACCUGUCAAUGAAUUUAUUCACAAGGUCUUCAUCCGAGGCUUAGGAUCAAUUCUUGGAGUGUAUAAGGACCUGGAUUCUUACACACCACCCCCUUGUUUUAAGAGAGUCGACCAUGUGUCCCCCUUUCCUGUGAUCAGUGAAGAUAAACAAAAAAACAAAACAUUGUCCCCUGCACUUCAAGCGUCAUCCGAGUUCAAAGAGUUAAUGAAAGACAUCAGAAAGUUUAACCAGCACAUCGAGGAACAGAAAAAAGAGGAAGAACUAACAAAAACAUGGACGGACCUGGCAAGCGUUUUUGAUAGAGUAAUGCUGAUAUUAUGCAUGCUAAUUGUCUUGUGCGCAUCCGCCAUUAUAAUGAUAAAGCUAAUAGUAAAAUAAACAUUAAUCAAAUGUUAAAGAACAAUUAUACAAACCUGGGCACUCAGUGAGACGGUCGCACGACCGUCGUACAACGAACCCAACUUCGCCCCCUGUUCAGCACUAGACUACGCGACUGUUGCGCGCGCGUAGUGACAUUGCGUUAUCCAGUGAGUGACUUAUGACUUAUAACAUAAUAGGCACUAGGCACUUUACGCAAAAGGAUGGGAGCCAUCGACAACGACAAUUCUGGUUAAGCGCCCAAGUGUUUACUGUGGUCUUCACGCUAUAAUGACCACAGAACCACCGUCCUCUCGUCUUGUUGCGUAAAGUGCCUACUGAAAUGAAAACGAUGUAUAUUUUACGUGUCUUGUAUAUUACUAACUGGACCUACGCUCUUGAUGCACAGUGUAGGGUGCGCCUACACACACUGCCCAAUUCACCACUAGAAGAACCUCAUUGGAAACAAGGCUUCAGACUUAGUGAGUUAUUCUUAGUGAGAUUCAUACCAAAAUACUCUUAUCCUAUCCUUUAAUAAUUUGUCUGCCAUCAUGGUGUGAAUUGCUUUAUAAUAUCUAUAGAAGAUGAAAGUUAUGAAGCCGCUAGCGUAAUGUCCAAAUGAAAAGUCUUUUGGGAACUUCUCCUACGGACGUUCAUUCACAUGUAUUUUUGUUCAUGUCUAAACUUGUUUAAUGCUAUACUCUUACACUGGGACAGGGGUUAUGACAUAGAUUCAACAUGAUUUAAAAAAAAUAUUAUUACAGACUUACGCGCUCAAAUGCGUAUGGAACGCAUUAUUUUUCAAUGGCAAAUUCGGAUACCAGUUGUUGAGUUUUUGUUUAAUAGUCAAGUCUUGUGUUUAGUCAAUGGUAAAUAAUGGGAGUAUAGUUUGUAAGUUUGAAUGUUAAUUAAGCGCGUAGACAACAGGGAAACUAAAAAUGGGUUAAAUAUCAUUUGGCGCCAACGAGCAUGCGAUUCGAUAGUAGUUUUUCUCUUUCAAUAAAUUCAAAUUCUGUAAGGUCAUUUAGGUGCACAGUGUACGAGGGAUGUUGAAGAGAGAUGUGCGUGAGUGCGGGCGUAUGUUCGUUAAUGUUCAUUAGAAAAAUGAUAUAAGUGCUGGAUUAUAUAGAUAUUAUUAAUUAAGAGUUAUUCAAUUAAAUUAAUGUUUUCCUAAUCCAGAAACUAUCGUAGCAUGAUAAUCAAUUUAAUUCCCCUGACGCAACAAUUGAUUCACUGCGACGUGUUUUGAUUAAGUGUAGACGCUCUUACAUCUUACACAAAAUUAAAAAGUAUCUGAUUUCUUUUAGCAUAUUCUUGAGGUACUUGGGUGCACAAGUAAGGCGUAUUUUACUAAUGUUUAAAUUGUAUACCUUUUAAUGUCAACUUUCAGAACAAUCUUGUAAUAAUGUUACCUUUAAUUUUCUAUUGAUAUUGUAUUUAGGUAAUUGUUUAAAACUUAAUAAAAAAUCAAUAUUACUUUUUAUCAUUAUCGAAUGAUAAUAUUAUUUAUAUUAUUGUAGUUUAUCACAAAUAUCAUUAUUAUUGAUUUUGUAAGGUUUUUCCGAGAGACUGUAAUUUAUAACGUGUAAGUAAUUUACCUGUCGUUAUGUUGUAACCCGUAAUCAUUUUCUUAGAUCAGAUUUCCAAAAAAGAAAUGAUUAGAUGAAAUUGCGAGUUAUUUCUGCGUAUAAAUAAGGUUGAAGGUCUGAACGAUCUAUCAUCGGAUAAUGAUGUGCCUAUAACAUGACAGUGAUCAAUGUCUAAAUGUUAAAUUUUCUCUAUUAUCGCAUGCAUCGUGAAAUACAUGGUUAUGACUAAAAACAUAUAAUGGAAAUGUAACGAUAAUAUAGUCGUUGAAAUGCCACUCAACAAUGCAUACACAUUACUCAGCAUCUAAACGAUUCGAAGAAAAUUUCGCUGUUCGCUUUGUAUACUUUGUUGAUCAAUCAUGCGUAUAUGUAUACACUUACAUUUAAAAUGUUUCUGUUAAUUUAUUAUGUGUAAAUAAUAGAAUAGUAAAAUGUAAACAUUGUGAUCCCUGAAGCUGAUCCAAUAAAAAGACGAAAUACUGAAUCUAA